AUAAAUUACUUUUUGUGUGCGUAAUGUAUUUUGUUUUUCAACACGUCCCUAAAUCAUUGCUAUUUCGGCUAAGGGGUUAAUGCAUAGGCAUUUGAUAUGAAACGGCUCAUGUUGUGAUCAUGAGGUUUUCUCCUUAUUUAGAAAACGCACAGGUCAUGUUGACAUCAGAAUGCAUCCAUUUUGCGUUGGAUGCCAACGAUGGACAACAACACCACAAUGACCGUCUGUCUCGGGUCGUUGCGAAAUCCUUGACGCUUGAUGUCGGGCCUAUAGUUAGGCCGGCGAUGCGACCCCGAGAUAUCCCUCACCUCCGUGCCACAACGCCACUUCGACGCCGACUAUAAGACUGCCGCUUGGGAUGAACCGCGAGCCAUUUGUGCGUCCAUCGCUGCGUCUGAGAACCAUGGCCAUGCUGCGAGUGUCAUCCUACCGAAGGUUGUUUGAGGAGCAGUGCUGGAGACAGAACGGAGCGUCGGUGGUGUCGAGGCGCAGCCCUGGCAGGGCUGGAGCGGCUGACGAAUGCCAAUGCGACAAGUAUGACUUUGCAUCUGCCAAGGCGCUCAACAAGGAAGGCCUGGUCCGAUUCACCCAGGACCACACCGUCCUCUCCGGCCUUAACAACCGCCUGGUCCGGCUGAUUGAACUGGCUCGUUGCUUUGAGGAGGAGAAUGAGUUCCUGGAGAGCCAGAUCCUGGAUCUGGAGGAGAGCGGGCCCUCUGCGGGAGUCUCUGGCACCGGGGGGGCUGUGGCUGACUGCAGCCUGGACGCGGUGGUGGAGAGGCUGCGCAGAGAGAGGGAUGACAUCUUGUGUGACACGGUGGAGCUGCAGAAGGAACUGCAAUGUCUGAGGCAAGAGUUCGAGAAGGCUCUGCAGCAGAGGACCAUCGUCCAGCACGCAAGACUCAACCUCGCUGAGGAGGUGGAUGCGGUGACAGCCGAGUGCCUCGCACUCAGGGAGCAAGCUGAGAUCUACGAGCAGCAGCUAGUCUGCAUGGAGGCCCAGCGCAGCACGGCGGUACAAUGCCACGAGUCCCAGGGCCCCCAGGGCCCUCUUGGGACCCCCGAAUCCGGGGCGCGACUGGAGUUCUGCAGCCCAGACAUUACCCCCGGCCUGCAGAUCAAAGCGUACUACGGCCAACUGGCAGAGAGCCUGCAGUGCGAGUGCGGAAAAUCCUCCCCUUCUUCUUCUUUGGUGCCGUCCCACGACCCGCUGCGAGAAGAGGGCGUGUCUGGCCCCCCGAGGUCAAAGGGCAAAGACUCCCCAAAGAUGGCCGACUCCGGAGAACUGAAAGAGCUGGUGGGCCAGCUGCAGAAGGAGCUGGCCGAGCUUCAGAAGGGCAGCGUGGAGCUGGAGGAUGAGGUGGAGGUGAACGGAGACGCUCACCAGGAGCGGAUUGAGGAGCUGGAGUGCACCUUGGAGGAUAUGAGGGCUCAGCAGCUUGAUUUUGAAGACCAAAUCCAGGAUCAGUGUGAGGACUACCAGGAGUUGCUGUGCGAGAAGAGGACCAGAGACCUUGAGAUCGCGGCUUACAGGGGUCUCGUCGCGGAGGAGGACGACAGGCUUUGUCACCUGUAACAGGAGAGACGGAGUGAGGGACGAUCAGUC